AUGAUCGGGCACACUUUCGAUUUACUGCAGCGACAGGCACUUGAGCAUACGCUUCGCACAGCCAUCGUCCUUCUCAUAUGUCUUCCAAUCACGUACUUCCUAAUCAACGAGGUCAUUCGGUACAGAGCAAGACUACCGGCAUUCCCGGGCCCGAGAGGACUUCCCGUCAUCGGUAACAUCGCAGACAUCAGAUACAACGCCGCAGAAAAGUAUCGGCAAUGGUCGCGCAGAUAUGGACCAGUCUAUCAAAUCCAGCUCGGUAACAUUCCCGUGAUCGUGGUCAACAACGCCCAGGCAGCAAAGACAAUCUUCGGCAACAACUCGCAAGCCCUGAGCUCCAGACCAGUCUUCUACACCUUCCACAAGGUCCUGUCCAACACCGCGGGCACGACAAUUGGCACCUCUCCAUUCUCCGACUCCCUCAAGCGACGAAGAAAGGGUGCCGCAUCUGCCUUGAACAAGCCGAGCGUGCAAACCUACAUUCCACACCUCGACAUCGAGACGCUCUCCUUCGUGCGAGAGGCCUUCAAAUAUGGCGACGCAGGCAAGACAGCGCUGGAUCCCAUGCCACUAAUCCAGCGUCUCUCCCUCUCCCUCUCUCUCACUCUGAACUGGGGCACGCGAAUGGGCGACUCGGAAAACGCCCUCUUCCACGAAAUCACCGAAGUCGAAGAAGCAAUCAGUCGCUUCCGCUCCACCACCGGAAAUCUACAAGACUACAUCCCUCUCCUCCGCCUCAACCCUUUCAGCUUCGGCACCCGCAAAGCCGCAGAAAUGCGAGCGCGCCGCGACGUCUACCUGAAAAAACUCAACGCGGACCUCGACUCGCGCAUGGAAAAAGGCACCCACAAGCCCUGCAUCCAAGCCAACGUCAUCCUCGACCGAGAAGCAAGUCUCACCGCCGAAGAACUCACCUCCAUUUCCCUCACCAUGCUCUCCGGCGGCCUCGACACAAUCACAACCCUCUUGCAAUGGUCCAUCGCCCUCCUCAGCCAACGUCCCGACAUCCAAACCAAAGCCAUAACCGAAAUCCGAAACCUCCACCCCACCCUCCUCUGCGACGAAAACGACGACAUGAAAUGCGAAUACAUCGUGGCCCUGGUCAAAGAAUGUCUCCGCUACUACACCGUCCUCCGCCUCGCUCUCCCGCGCUCGACAGUCCGCGACGUCACCUUCGAAAACAAACUCAUCCCCUCCGGAACCACCAUGUUCCUCAACGCCUGGGCGUGCAACAUGGACGAAGAGAUCUGGGGAUCGGAUGCAGAGGUCUUUAGACCCGAACGCUGGUUGGAGAAACCUGAUGCUCCGUUGUUUACGUAUGGGAUGGGGUAUCGAAUGUGUGCGGGCAGUUUGUUGGCGAAUCGGGAGUUGUAUUUGGUGUUGAUGAGGAUGUUGAGUUGUUUUGAGAUUUUGCCGUAUGGGGAGGUGGAUGUGCAUCCUGUGAGGGGGAGUUGUGAUCCGAAGAGUUUGGUGGCCAUGCCGGAGAGGUAUCAGGUUCGGUUUGUGCCGAGGGAUGGGGAGGGGUUGAGGAGGGUGUUGGAGGAGAAGGAGGGGAUGGGGGUUUUUGAGUAG